UUUUUAAUAAAUUGAUUAGGCUCAUCUUAUAAAUUAUAAAAUUGACAUUAUCAUCGAUAGAAUCUGUUGUACAGUUAGUUCCUGAAGAAUUCUUAAUUCAUUUUAUAGAUACAAUUUUCAUAGAGAUAAUUCAAGCCUUAACCAUCAUUUUUGGAGAUUAGAAUUAUUCUGGAUGUUUACUAAAAUUUCAGUUCCGCUUCCUUCAACAUAAAAAACUCGAUCAAAUCAAGUGGGUUCUGCAGACAACAUCCAACUUAACAAUUCGUCUUGACCUUCUGGACUUUAAAGGAAACCUGACAUUGCAUAUAUAUGUAUAUGGAAUCUAUUAAUUUAUCUUGUAAUAUUUAAAUAAUUGAUCACCCACGGACCUAGGUAAAUCUCGAGAUUCUGCCUGAGCAGAGGAAAAUUAAGGAUCUUUUCUACGUAGAAGAUUUAAAUCAAUCACGUGACCGACAGUAUAAAGUAACCAUGAAAAAAACAAACAGAGUCUGUCGGUUUUUAACAGUUGAAUAGAGAUUUUUCAAUUGCCGCUGUAGUGUGAUAAUUUCGGUAAUAUUGCAAAAAUGUGGUCUCCAACAACGAUUACGCCCAAUGCAGUGAGUUUUCUUUUGUUGAUAACUUUAGUUAUUGAUGGUGAAACUACUUACGUUCAUGGUUAUCUACCCACCAGAUACUACACACAACCAAGAACAUACUCCGAUAAUAACGUCUACAUCACUGAUAAAUAUGGACAAGUGGUUUCUGUUGAACCCUAUGGAUCAAAAUCAUUUAAGAACUACUAUCCAGAGCCCUACUACUCAAGUAGGUGUCAUAACUGUGUUGCUAGAACAGUCUACGAUCCUGAGCUUUAUACAAGAAAAGUCUACGUAAAAGACCGAUAUGGCAACAGCAUCUUGGUGAACCCUUACCGCUGGAACGAAGAAUACAAAACAAUAUAUUAUCCUUCUUCUAGAAAUAGCAGGUACUAUUCGAGUGGAAGAAGUGUAUCAUCACAUGAAGACUACGUUUACAUCAACGAUAUGUAUGGCAGAACGAGGGCAGUACCAAAAUCGAGUUACUUAUACGAAUAUGCCAAAGGUUACUAACUGUACAACAUUGAACGAAGUUACUUGUAACAACUAACUAUAUGAAUAAUCAUCAGUAAGAUAAGAUCACAUAUUGAGAAUGGUACCUAUAUGUCUUGAUUUUCCAAGUUCAAUUGAUUCAUUCCCUUUCAUAAGAAAAAUUGAGUUGGUAAUCAAAGAGGAAAAUAAUAAGGUUUAAAAAAAAUACCAAAGAAAUUAAUCAAAAUAAUCAUCGAAUAAAAGAUCCACAUUACAUUCAAAAGGUUAUCACAGAAUAAACAUAAUGAUAAUGAAAAAUAAAAACAAUGGUCUUGUUGUUGUUUUUGCGGAAAAUCCUAUAAGUCUUUACCAGUUGAACUUUUUUCUAAAAGUACAUAAUAUUGACGUGUAUGUUUACGGGAAUCUAUAGCACUGCUUUUCUGUUUUUAUAAUCAUGGCUAAAGUUAUUGCCUACUUGAAAAAAUGAGUAGUAACUAGUAAGUAAUGAUAGAAUUGACUAUUACAAAAAAUGUAUCUUGGGUACCUAUGAAAAAUAAAGACAAAAGCAUUAUGGUGGAGAUGUCAUAUCAAAGAUAGAAGUAAGUAUAUGCUGUCUAAGCAAAAGACUGAAAUUAUUUGCAAACUAUCGAACUUUGCCAGAUUCUUCUCAAGUAGAAACUUCUAUGUUCUCAGCCAUACCAAGUGUCAACCCUCCAAUUUUUACCCAAAGAAUUUUUCUAAACCUGUCACAAUUAUGACAGGUCAUAUUUCUUUCAGUUUAGUAUUAUAAAUUACCAAGUUAAAUGGAUUUUAAAGUAUCGAUUUUGGACCAGAUCAAAGAAAACUAUAAACCGUUGCUGCUGCUACUCUCUGGAACGGCUAUAGUGUUCAUCAUAUCCAAAUAUUUCAAGGCGAGGUCAUGCGACAGUGUCGAGAAGGACCCGUCUAGGGAACUGCCUACCGUGGAGGACAUCCAGAAGUUCAUCGAAGAGUUGCCUCUGGAUAUCAGUCAGUUAGAGAACAACCAGGAGGGUCUGAAAGAGCUAAUUGGGGAGCUGUCGGAAAUAAGUGAAGAUGAAGAGUGGAAGGAGCUUGUUGCUAGCCUGCAAAAGUUUUACGAGGAGAGCAGUGCUGUCUAAAUGUAUCAUCAGCAUGCUGUGUCCAUUGAACUAAAUAUUAGCAUGGUGUCAAAUAGAGUCUAACAUAUCAGAA